CAUAUGACUUCGCUCCGCUGUCUUGGGAAGUUCGGUCAGGAAGAGAGACCGAGAGUCCUAUUUUCACGUGUUGAGCAAACCGGUGACUCAUUUCAGCACGAUGUUUUUGUUUUCAUCACUUCUACCGAGAUGUUAGAUAGGCGACAUGACCACUGUGUAUGACUACCGGCGCAGGCGUCGUGUCCGUGUGCAAGAAAUAAUUGGGUGGAUGUCGUGUUGUAACUCCGGGAGGUACAGUCCCCAAGCAAGAGAGAAGAGCUAAGCUUGGUUUUUUUUUUUGUCAGAUUUUACAAUUUCCCGGAGUGCUAGCAACAGCAA